AUGGAGACUUUAAAGGAAAAGGUUAAGGGACUGCGACAAGAAAAUCCAUCGGAUAGAAGCUUUAUCCCUGAGGCCGCAUUUUUCAAACUUAUGACGCGCCAGGAAGUGGAGGGAGCUAUCAACGCGUCAGAGAUCAAGUCAUACCAUCGGCAAGAGCUUAUCGAACUCGUUUUCGCCCGAGGCAGAAAAGUUUUUGCUAUUCUCCUUCUCAAUGACAGCCUGGGGCUUCUCCCGAAAUUCAGAGAAGCAGGGAUUCUCGAAGACGCCAGGCUUCCCUUUGACAGGGACACCCUGAAGCAGAAGUUACUCCUCAACAAUACGCAGUUUGUUCGAAAAGAGCUCAAGACAAACGGCUCUCAUGAAAGGGAGCUCGAGGUGUUAGCUAUUCUAAGUACUAUCAAGCACCCCAAUAUCAUCCAGCUCCUGGGGUCCUAUACGUACGAUAAGAAAUACCAUAAUCUUCUGUUUCCUUGCGCUGAACAUGGGAGUCUCAAGAAGUUCAUUUCUGAGGACAAGCAGUCCAUGUCGGACAAAACAAUUAUUAUUGCGCUCGCGGGGCUAGCGUCCGCCAUCAAGCACUUACACAGAUUCACCGACGAUAAACUCAAGCUCGACCUUAUCGGUUGCCACCACGACUUGAAGCCAGAUAACAUUCUGGUUUCUUCCAAGACUCUCCUUCUUGCGGACUUUGGGUUGUCCAAGUUGAAGGAAUCCAACAUUGGUUCCGAGACACCAUUCCGGCCGCGAACGGAUGAUUAUGUCGCUCCCGAGUGCGAAGAUUGGGAUAAUGAUUACUUGCCGGGUUAUGUUCACCGGUAUAGUGACAUCUGGUCACUUGGGUGCAUCUUUGCUGAAGUAGCCACGUAUGUCUUACGUGGCCAUCAAGGAGUCAAGGACUUUAGAGAUGCUAGAAUGCACAAGAGGCCAGGAGCCACCCACUUUUCGUUUCACUUGGGUGCGAACAAAGCUAGCGAUGCGGUGUUAGCAUGGCUUGCAAAUCUGGAACAGUCUUCCCAAACUGGUAUCGCUCUUCUUAUCCAAUUGUCUCGCAAGAUGAUAUCUCUUGACGCGAGUGCGCGCCCGACUGCAAGCGACGUUGAGCAAUGCCUUCGAAUGAUUGCCCUUUUUGAGGUUUCUGCGCAAAUCCAUAAUCAGUUCAAUCAUAUACAGCGCGCCAGCCACUCAAGACUGGACUAUUACCUCGAAUCCGUGCGAUUCAAAGCCUGGACAGAUACCACUAGACUCGCCAGCAUUGCAACUAUCUCAGAUCUGUUGUCAGAAACUUACGAGAGUAUUAACAAGCUAUUUGACACUAUCCUUGGAACACUCACUCGCAUGCAGCAUCAACUAGAAUCAGCUUUGGCUCUGGCAAGCAGUAGGCCCAUGACCAAUGCUGAUAUAUUGAACGUAGCCGACCUCAAUGACGAGCUUGCUUUGCUUCUCGGCGACAAAGAGAAUGAUUCCCGAGAGCGCGUGAAGAUCAUUAUUUUCAAGGAUGAGGUAGAAUUAUCCGACCUAUCCGAACCCGGCGAUGGAUUGGAUGGCUUGUCGCUCCCCGACAACAUUCGCAUGCGAAGUAAUAUCAAGAAUAUGAGAAAGUUCUACGAAGAGGACUCGUUUAUUGAUACAAAAGGCCUGAGGAUUGAACCCACCAAAGUAGGAGGCCUUCGCUCUAUCGGUGACCAUUACUUGGGAAACAUGAAGACAGAUAUCGUGUCUGAAAAGGUUUGGGUUGAACUGCGCCAUUAUGGGCGCCAUGGCACGGACAAGAACACCAUGGAACACCUCUACGAACGGACGGUUAGACUGUGUGCGCUUUUAGCCCUCCCUGAAUUCUGUGCCCUAAAGUGUAAGGGGCUCGUUCACCUCUACGAUAAACAGGCGUUUGGAAUCGUUUUCGAGUUCCCUCAAAAGGUUAAAGGUGGUGGUAUUCCUUUCGAUCCUAUUAAUCUACAAACACUUCUCAAAAAAAAGGGAGAAAGUACCGAUUCAUAUUUUCCAGACCUUGAUGAUCGCUUCAAGCUGGCCUACACGCUGGCCGCCGCACUAUUUGAGUUUCAUACUCUGGGUUGGCUUCACCGGAACUUAAGUCCAUUAAACCUAAUAUUCCUCCCCGAAAACGAUGGCACUCCAACGACUCAGCUGAUACGGUCCCCUUGGCUGGUGGGAUUCGGGCACAGCCGCCCCAAUUCCCCCGUGGACUUUACCUCAGGCGCACCGGACAGCGCAUCUGGAAGGUAUCAACACCCCGUGUAUAUGGACGAAAAGAAAGGAUAUCGUGCCGAGUAUGACUACUACAGCUUAGGAAUGAUCCUCCUCGAGAUUGGCUAUUGGAAACCCUUAGAAAAGCUGACAGAAGGGUGGCAAGGUUCAUACGAGGAAAGGCGCCAGAAACUUCUUAGAAAUAAAGGCAAAGUUGCCCACCUCAGUAAGAUGAUGGGAAGACAGUAUACUGAGGUUGUGAGAUUCUGCCUUGGCUACGAUGUGCAAAGCGAGAAAAGUGUAGGAGAUGUGGUGUCGCAGUUUUACCAGUCGGUCGUCGCGCCACUCAGGGGUUUAUCCCAAUUAACUAAACCGUAG